UCAUCAUCUUUUCUUCUAUAAAUACCUUCGAUCUGCACAAACCAUGCAACUCCAUCACAUAUACUAUACAUUACAAACAAGAGAGAUAGAGAUGUCUGAAUUUUGCCCAGAUGUUGGAAAGAGCUCGUGGCCGGAGCUUGUGGGGGUAGCCGGAGAUGUGGCGGUGGCUACUAUCGAAAAGGAGAACCCAUCGGUGAAUGCAGUUCUAAUCACACCAGAAACAGUAUAUCUUCCGGCUAUCUUUUGUGAUAGAGUUUUGGUGUUUGUAGACGCCAAUGGCAUAGUCGAUCAGGUUCCUACCGUUGGUUAGAGGCCCCUUGCUCUUACGUAGUCAACAUAUCAUUCGAGGUUUCUAUGUACAAUGCGUACUUCCAUCUUUCCUAAUAUAUUCCUUAUAAAAUAAGGCUAUUCUUACCUUGUAUCGUGUAAUAAAAUAACAUGCCGAAGAAGAUAUGUUUGCAUAUUUUAUACA